CAAUUCAUCUAACUAAAUUCCUCUAUCAUCAACAAUGGCCACUUCAACCAACGUUUUGAGUUCCUUCAUUAACCCUACUGCUAUCGCCACCACCCCAAAAUCGUUUCUAACACCCCCAUCUUCUUUCACACCUUUCACUUCAUCAAACUCAUCUCUCACAAAGAGCCUCAAGAUGAACGUAGUUCCUAAGAAAUCCUUUACUUGCAAAAGUCAAGUUAGCGAGAACGUCAACACUAAAAAUGCUCAAGAAUUGUUCGUGUAUGAACUCAGUGAGAGAGACCGUGGAAGCCCUGCUUAUUUGAGAUUAAGCAACAAGAGUGUUAACACUCUUGGUGAUUUAGUUCCUUUCAGCAACAAAUUGUAUACCGGUGACCUUCAAAAAUGUAUUGGAAUAACAACUGGAAUAUGCAUAUUGAUUCAAUACAAUGAAGAAAGGAAAGGUGAUAGGUAUGAAGCAAUAUACAGACUUCACUUUGGAAACUAUGGUCACUUAGCAGUUCAAGGACCAUACCUUACUUAUGAAGACAUAAUUCACUGA